GGCGUGUUCGUCUGUCUAUCUGUCGUCCAUUGACUUGGUCGUGACCUGUGUGUUGCCGCGACCUAGCAACAAGGAUGGACGUCGACUUGCUGAAUCCGGAUCCCAAGGAGGAGAAGCAGAAGCACAAGCUGAAGCGGCUGAUCCAGCAGCCCAACUCGUUCUUCAUGGACGUCAAGUGCUCGGGGUGCUUCCAAAUCACCACCGUCUUCAGCCACGCCAACACAGCUGUCACCUGCCCGGGGUGAGUCAGGGAGCCAGCCGAUGACGGAGGGGAGGGGAGGGAGGCACUGACACAGACACAGACACACACAGACAGGAAAGGAGUCGAGGAGGGGCGAGAUCUGUCGUGUCUUGGGCAUGUGCGUGGCUGUGGGAGGCGUGGUGGCAUUGGGGACUCACCUGUGUGUCUUCUCUGUCUGUGUGUGUGUGUGUGUGUGUCAGGUGCAACUUGGUUCUGUGCCAGCCCACGGGUGGCCACGCCAAGCUGACCGAGGGCUGCUCAUACCGGAGGAAAACGGAGUGAUUCAUCGACGACAAUCCCACGCUGACAACGGCCAGUGACGCGACUGACUGACUGACUGGAUGACGACGAGCGACUGACGAACGGGCCCCUUCAAGCGAUGCAUCCGUACUUGUCUGCUGCCUGCCUGCCUCCCUCUCUGAUGUGUGACGUCAUGGCCCUCGUCAGGUCAGAUGGGUCGGGUCGGUGUGUGUGUGGCCGUGAAGUGUCCGCUCACAGUCUGUAGCGGCAACCAGUGGCCGCCUCGCUGACUCACUCACUGGCUGGCUGGGGGCGGAUGGGAUGGUGAGGGCGAUGCGGUGCGUGUGGAGCGAGUUGGUGGACGGAAUGGAUGGACGAGUGGGCAGGCAGGCAGGGCGCGUGAGUGGUCCGGUCCCCUGACUGAGUGACGUGCGUGUCGCGUCGCGUUGCAUGGUGUGGUGUGUGUGCAUGUGUGAGCGGCAAGACUCUCGUGCCUGCGUCAGUUAAUUUUGAAUGAAUCCGUGUUGCGUGAGCUCACAGGCAGAGAUCAGUCCUGAAACACACGUAUACCUCCUCCCAACACACUCAGACGCGCACCAACAAGGUCUGGCCGACCACCACAUCCAUCCAUCCAUCAGUCCAUCUACUCUACUUGAUUAGACUCUCAGCCAGUAUCAAUCAACAAACACCGAGACAGACACGAACACCCCACAAUGUUGGCCUCCCUCCGGAUGGUUAGCUGCUAAUGGUGCAUGGUAGACUGACUGACAUCGCGGCCGCGGUGCCGCGCUGCGCUGCGGCAGGGGUGUGUGGGAUGGACUUCUGCU